AUGUAUAUCCCAUCAGCGCAAAGUGUCUUAACCGCGGGACUGGCUCUAACCGGUAGUCUCAAAGAAACGCGUACCGUAGCCGAAGGAUCGGUAAUGGACUACGCGGUCGAAAAAUGCCAAGACUCGGAAGGCAACACGAGGUGCUCAAAACCGUUCCUCGUCUCCAAGUCAACCUGCUAUCAUCUCGAAUGGCAUACAGACGGAGCACUCACACACACUACCGCCGAGAUUCGUGAUAUAAAGUCAAGUGAGCUAGUUUACUACCGCGAUACCAACGGCGACUGGACUCCAGAGAAGGGAGAGUUCGUUUAUCUCGAUUUCAAGCCCAAGAUUCCGGCAACAGGCAACCAGACGGUGGAUUAUGUAGUCAAGACUUGUGAAUAG